AUGGAAAAUCUAAAACCCAAAGAAACAAACAAGAAUAAACCUACUGGUUCUAGAGGGAAACUGAAAAACAAUUCUUCUAGGCGGAUCUAUUUCGCUAGUCCAGUUUCAUACCAUUUCCCAGAUAAUUUCAUUAAACUUGUGUCUCAAAUUCCUAAGGAGUCUGGAUCGUUUAUGAUUAGAUAUGACCUUCCUUACAAAGCAGCAAGCGCCCAUAUUCUGCUGAUCAUCCGUCAUAUGAGACUGAACGAUAAUGAAGUCUUUGAUUGUACCAAAAAUAUGAUAUCAACAUGUUAUUUCGCCGCAGCAAAACAAUUAUUUUCCACAAUGGAUUAUAUGUCCCAGAUCUUGAAUGAGGAAUAUGAGCUGAUGGUAUCAAUGAAUUUUUCUUCACCAAAAUAA